GGAUCGGCUUGCACAAGCAAUACGUACGUCGCAAAAGAAUUCCCAGAAUCUACAGUGUGAAUGUACAUGCUUCCAACUCCAAUAUUAAAAUUGGAGAAGGAGGAAGCUUCAGCCUUGAUAUCAAACCUCAGCAUAUCCAGUCUAACUCAGUGCAUCUUGGAGCUGGUGUAUAACGCUCUAGAUGCAGAGGCAACCAACAUAUCCAUUGGCGUGAACACCGAAAACUACUAUGUAAAUGUCCAGGACAACGGUCUAGGUAUCCCUGUACAAGACCUCGAAAACCUAGCUCGGCCUAAUUUCACGUCAAAAGGGCAAUCACGGGGCGAUAUCCACAAUAGAAAGACGUACGGCUUUCGCGGAGAAGCGCUGUCUUGUAUUUCGCAAAUUGCCACUCUUGAAGUCAUAAGUAGACAUGCCUCUACUCCACAAACCUUUCAUGGAAUAUGGAGGGACGGAAGCUUGAUCUCCUUUUUUCGGUCUACAACUGAAGAAAAGCCAUCGCCUGGAACGACAGUCGUUGUUCGCGACCUAUUCCACAAGCAUCCUAUACGGAGGAAACAAAUUGAACACGAGCGACUUCGAAAGAUGUCUGCAAGUGGUGAUAGAACCUUAAUCGACAUUAAGCGUUCUAUUGAAAAGCUAGCUCUCACCAGGUAUGAUGUCGCUUGGACUUUGAACGAUCUCAGCUCUCGUCAUAGGAUCUUGAAUAUGAAAGCGUAUGAUUCGCCCCUGAAGAUGUUUCAAUGCAUAUACGGUCAUAACUUUUCAACGAAUUGCAAAGAGUACGUAGAGACAUCUGCAGAAAUGAGGAUAUCGGGUUUUCUCUCUUUGAAACUUCAUACUAGCAAGAUUCAUCGAUACCUGUAUCUAAAUGACCAUUUUGUACGCUUUGGACCGGUAUACAACAUUAUCGAUAAGUUAAUUCGCAACGCCAACCUCCAUGAUGCUGCUUCAGGUUCGAAAUAUACGUCAAAUUUUCCAGUAUACUUGAUUAGGGUAAACACGAAUGUUAGGAACAGUGAAGAAAAGGAUAUGUUAGAGCAUUAUUUAAAUGAAGACGAGGAAUCCACAACACUGCUGUCAAGUAUCAAACAGUUCGUGUUGCAUAUUUUGAGCAUCUCAUUACCAGAAACUCAACAAGUUCAGAUAGAAUCGAAUUCUCUACCACUAUUUAAAAAACGAAAGGCAAGCGAAGUGACAGAAAUGGAUGUUCUUACAAAAUCUGAAAAGAAGUUACUGGUCAAAGAAGACCAGCAGAGAAUGGCGACCCAACCUAGCGAAGAUGAGCAAACUAUUCUUUCGACUCAGGAUAAUGAUGGGACACCGCAGUGGAAUCAUGCUAUUGAUGGACUUCCUUACAUGAACUACCAAUCACUGUCCGGCAACAAAGCAGGCGAAAACUAUCAAUAUCCAAAGUUAUUCAAAAACGAUGGUUUACCAGAGGCGCUAUCUACACAUCAACUCACAAAUGCAAGAGUCAUUGGCCAAGCAGAUAGAAAGUUCAUUGCAUUUAGUAUACCCAUACCUGUGACUUCUCACCAAGAGGCCAUUGAAAAAUCAAUGAUCAUCAUUGCGGACCAGCAUGCUGUUGAUGAGAGAAUCUUGCUGGAAAGAAUGCUCAAAAGUAUUCUUGAUCCCGGGAAGCAAGUUGAUCAAGGGAGACGCUUAGCAUACAAUGGCUGCUUAUUGCUCACGCCACCAAGGAAACUUCAAGUUUCUAGCUCGGAAAUCGAAAAAGCGGAAAAUAUGGCGACAUCAGACUCUAGACAUUUUCGCCAACUGCGAUCUGCAAGUAAAUACUUUGGCCAAACGAGUUCCAGCCGAACUGAUGAUACCCAUUAUAUUCAGAUUACCAAAAUUCCUAGAGUGAUUUCGGAUAGGUGCGCGACCAACUCAAUGCUCUUGAAGCAAAUAAUAUACGAUCAUAUUGCAUGGAUGGAGUCACAAUCCCAGUCCCAACAAAUUGAUGAACUUCAGCCAGACGAUGAAUUUGGUGUCUGGAGUCGCCAUCUCAGAAACUGCCCUAGAGGAAUUGUCGAUAUUCUGAAAUCAAAGGCAUGUCGCAAUGCUAUUAUGUUUAAUGACAGCUUGACCGAUCAACAGUGCCAAAAGCUUGUAGAUAUGGUCUCUGAUUGCGUCUUCCCUUUCCAAUGUGCCCACGGCAGGUUAUCCAUGGUUCCGUUGAUGAAAUAUAACCAGUAUGGUGGAGGCAGGGCAGAACGCUCAAAUCAACAGCCAAGUCGACGAAGGACAGUCAACUGGCGUCGAUUUCGACGUCCGCAGCACUGAGUUUGGCAGUGGCCACUUUUCUGCUCAUUUCUUGCCAUAUGUGUGGACGCUUUGCAUGCUCGCUAAGUCGGGAGGCAAUCAAAAAGGGCCUUCAUGACAAUGGCAUUAACCCAGAAGAAUGGGUUGAUCAAGAAAAAUAUGAAGGUACUUACAAUGUA